AAAAUUGUGACAUUAUCGCGAUAGACACACUGCUAUGCAGUUCAGUGUCAGCGGCCUGACGUUGGAAUGCGAAACUACAAGUUAUUCAGUCGGAACAAAAAAUUAAAAAAACACAGAUCUUUACUCGAGAGACAUCGCAGAUCUUGUGGGGACUCAGCUAUGGUCCGAAGCGUGAGGGAGGUUCUCAACACACGGUACGUUUGACGAAGCCGCCAAUCGCUACUGUUUUCUGCCUUUAGCAUAGUUAGCUGUCCGUGUGGGCUCAGGAUGGCGCAGGGAGGCUCUCAGCUCGACUACCACAUCCUGCAGGACCUCAAGCAGCGUUUCCCGGAGAUUCCAGAGGGGGUAGUGUCUCAGUACCUCCUGCAGAACAACAAUAACCUGGAUCUCUGCUGCCACCUGCUGGCCCAGGAGAGUAACAGAUACCUGUAUGGAGACUUCCAUCACAGUCCGGAGGAAGUGCAGCUGAGCCGAAACCACAUGCUCCACAUUAGCCCGGGCUAUCCCGGCUCGGACGCGGGCAAACCCAAUGGCGGAGGAGUCGGGCGCUCCCUAGUGCACAGCACAAGUGACAGUCACAUUGAACCCCAACGCCCCAGCUACCCGGAACCGCUGUCGGCUCCGGCCACCAUGGCCCCCUCCCCUGGUUACAAUCCCUUUUUUAUGAACGAUCAGAACCGCUCGGCAAGCACGCCCACCCCCCCACCGUCGAUGCAAGGCAUGUCCCCCACAUACUCCCCCGUUCCACGUUACGCUAUGAAACCCAUAUCUGUAGACCUUAAACAAACUAUACCGAAUGUCCCACAGGCUCUACAGAUCCCCCCCGGGCACUAUGCUAACAGUACCAACACCACCAUAUAUAUACGACCCUCACCUUCCCAGAGCCCCCAGCCGGCCCCCUGGUCCUCCUCAGGGGCGCCUCUCUAUCAGCAUCAGCAGUCCCCCUAUAGUACCCCCACCUACGGCUCGCCUUACAGCUCCCCUCAACAUCAGGUCCAGCCCCCGCCUCAGCCCCAGCCCCCACCCGGACACCAGCAGUACGUCUUCCUCCCCAUUAACUCUCCGACCCUCUCCAGCAUGCCCUACCACCACCAGCAGCAAGCCCAGCAGCAGCCGGCGGUUUUCCGGCAGUACCACUCCAAAAACCCCCUCACCAAACAAAUCGAGGUCACCUUCGAGGGCCCCCGCCCCCGCAGCAACUCGCCCGUGCACGCCGCUCACCCGCAGGGGGGGCUGGGCUACAUGGCCACCAGCCCCUCUCCCGGCUCUCCCUCCAGGGCCAUCGCCAUGAGCGGGCCGGGGCCGGCCGCCUUCCACCCGGGGAUGUACCUGCCCCACCAGGGCUCGGCCAGGCCCCGGCCCGCCUCCUCCCCGCAGCCGGGCCAGUCGGCCUACACCUUCAAGAUCAAAGUGUCCCCGGGGGGCCAGGCCCAGCGGCCGCCCGGCUCGCCGCCCGUCGCCGAGGCCGAGUCCCUGCUCAACAUCGUGGACCAGGGCGCGCACAACGCGGCGCCCCCGCCCAUCCUGCCCAUCUCCGCCCUGCCCGGGCACAGCGCCAGCCACUUCCCCCCCAUGCCCCGCCGCUCCAGCUCCGGCUCCGACGACUACGCCUACACACAAGCUCUUCUGCUCCAUCAGCGGGCGAGGAUGGAGCGCUUAAUGAAGGAGCUGCUGCUUGAGAAGAAGAAGCUAGAGCAGUUGAAGGCCGACGUCAAUAACAUGGAAUACGACGCCCUCCAAAGACGCUUUCGACGAGUAAACUCCACAAAUUUUAUACCCCGGCCUGAGGAGAUGACCCUGCUGCGGAGCCGCAACCGGCAGCUGCAGAUAGAUAUCGACUGCACGCUGAAGGAGACGGAUCUGCUCCAGUCCAGAGGGAAGUUUGACCCCAAAGCAAUCAACAACUUUUACGACAACAUUCAGCCUGGUCCAGUGGUGCCGCCCAAACCCGGGAAGAAAGGGGAAGCGGCUUCCAAAGCGGCGCCGGCGCCCCCCCACAGAGACGAGGACUUCGAAGGCGCCCAGUGGAACUGUGAAAGCUGCACCUUCCUCAACCACCCUGCACUCAACCGCUGUGAACAGUGUGAAAUGCCACGCUACACCUGAACUUAGCACUGCGCUGUAUCGCUCAACCCCCAUCCCUCCCACCUCCCCUCCCUUGCAAAUCCAUGGACGCCAUAAGUCCAACCCCUCCACGGUCCGU